AUGUCCAACUUACAAAAGUCCGUUCUAUCCUAUGAUUACUAUGACGAACGCUUUCACUUUUGUACACCUGACGGUGGGCCCAAGAAACAAGCAGAGAGCUUAGGUUCAGUGCUAUUCGGUGAUCGCAUCUUUACAUCUAAAUUCCAGCUUUCGUUGGGAAAUAAAGAAACCGAUAAAGUGUUAUGUACAUCUACACCUAUUCCAAAGGUUGAUGUUGAUUUCAUCAAUGAAUGUAUAAAGAAUGAAUAUGCCAUCAAUUGGGUGGUGGAUGGUCUUCCCGCUGCUCAUCUCAGCAAAGAUGAGCGUACCAAUGAAGAAUAUUAUAGCAUCGGGUUCGCUCUUGGCUCGCAUGAUAACAACAGACCUGCGCUAAACAACCAUUACGACAUUACUAUUGACUACCAUCACCGCGAAGAUGACAAAUAUCGCGUUGUAGGUGUACUUGUCACUCCUUCCAGUAGAGUUCAAAAAUUGAAGGAAGGUCGUCUUGAUAUCGUUGGAGGUCCUUUGGUGAUUUCUAAUAACGAGGAAGUUGUUUAUACCUAUAGCGUAAACUGGAAUUUAUCAAAUAAACCUUGGGCAACACGAUGGGAUAAUUACUUGAAUGUAUUGGAUCCUUCUAUUCAUUGGUUUUCUCUGGUCAAUUCAAUUGUGAUUGUUCUCUUUUUAACAGGUAUGGUUGCUAUGAUUUUAAUCCGUGGUCUUCACAAGGAUAUCUCUCGAUAUAAUGCCGUUGAUGCACAGGAGGAUGUACAAGAGGAUUAUGGAUGGAAGUUAGUUCAUGGGGAUGUAUUCCGUCCCCCUCAACGUCCUAUGCUUCUUUCAGUCUUGGUAGGUUCUGGUGCACAAAUUGUGGCUAUGACUGGAUUGACACUUGUGUUUGCGGCACUUGGUUUCUUAUCGCCUUCUAACCGGGGUGCUUUGGGAACUGUCAUGAUCAUCUUUUUUAUGGUCUUUAGUUGUAUUUCUGGUUAUGUUUCUGCACGUAUCUACAAGAUGAAUGGCGGUGAAAAUUGGAAGAUGAAUAUUGGUUUGACCGCUACACUUGUACCUGGAGCCAUCAUGAGUUUCCUUUUUGCCAUGAAUUUCUUCUUAAUUCAUUCACACUCAUCUGGUGCUGUUCCGUUUGGAACGAUGUUUACUUUGUUGGGCCUCUGGCUUCUCAUUUCUUUCCCACUCAGUGUAGCCGGUUCUUACUUGGGUUUCCGUAAACCUCGUAUUGAACAUCCUGUUCGCACAAACCAGAUUCCCCGACAAAUCCCUGAUCAACCUACCUAUCUGCGUAGUUUGCCUUCCAUCAUGAUGGGUGGUAUUUUACCCUUUGGUGCCAUCUUUAUCGAAUUGUAUUUUAUCAUGAAUUCCAUUUGGUUCCAUCGUGUUUAUUACGGUAUCGGUUUUAUGUUCCUGGUCUUUAUUGUUCUUAUUUUGACGUGUUCUCAAGUGACGAUUUUGAUGUGUUAUUUCCAUUUAUGCAGCGAGGAUUAUCAUUGGUCAUGGCGCGCUUUCUUGACAUCAGGUGCAGCAGGACUCUACGUGUUUAUGUAUUCCAUUUUAUACUAUUUCACCAAAUUGGACAUCUCUACAUUUACAAGUACUGUGCUUUAUAUCGGUUAUUCAGCCGUCAUCAGUAUUCUUUUGACCGUUUUUACGGGCGCGGUUGGCUAUCUGUCUUGCCUGGUCUUUUUACAAAAGAUCUUUGCUAGUAUUAAAGUAGAUUAG